AUGGUCUGCAAGGUGUGCCAUGAUAUGCUUUACGGGCACAAAGGCCGCCGUGAUUCUGGCUCACAACUAGCGCUGAGUUUCUGGCACCAUGAAACCGCCGAAAACGUCAAGGCUGCGGCAGAAGAUGCAGAAUGCUAUCUCUGUCGUGUCAUCGACGAGAAGUUGAGAGAUCUCGAUGCCAACUCUCCAGUCGGCCCAGAGAGGAACUGGUUUCUGUGCGCGUUGUUGCAGCGAUUUCCUCGCUACAAUGGGGUUUACCGCCUGGACAUCAAGCUCGAACAGUCCAAGACGACAGUCGCGAGCUUCGUCUUGAGACAGAAUGGUAUGUUGCCAUUGCUGGAACCCCGUCUGGGGAAGUCGGGCAGCGUUGUUGACAUGGAUAAAGACACCGCUACGCCUAGUCAUCUCCAAACCACACCUCGAAGCCCAACCACAUCGGCUUCAGAGGUCUUCGACCUGGCCAGAGAAUGGGUCGAAGUGUGUGCACGUACCCAUGCUAAAUGUCAGACCGCUUCAAGUACGCAGUGGUAUCCCACAAGGCUCAUCGAUCUGCGAGCCACCGUGCCUGAGGCCGAGACGGAAAUGGUACGAUUGGUGUCGCAAAAAGAGGCCGAGAAGAGGGACGACCAGCCGCCUUUUGAAGGGAAGUACGUUACUUUGAGCCAUCGCUGGGGCCAGAUCGAGAUUCCCAAGCUCAGACAAUACAAUCGCGCUGAGUUUCAAACCGCGAUACCGUGGAGGAAUCUCCCUACAACGUUCCAGCACGCAAUGCAGUUUGCACGGGAGCUUGGUGUGCGGUGGAUCUGGAUCGACGCCCUCUGCAUCAUCCAAGGAGACGAGCAGGACUGGCUAUUUGAGAGUUCGCACAUGGAUAAGGUAUAUGCUUUCAGCUACUGCAACAUCUCAGCCACCGCAGCUAUGGAUGGCUCGAGAGGUCUCUUCAACAACCGAGAUGCCCGGCGGAAAUGGUUUGACACGGUGAGCCUCCGAACACAAGACCUCUCUGGAGACGGACAGAAGGUCGUGGAGUGUACCAUUUCCGAUUUGUCAUUCUGGGAUGAAUAUGUUGACAAUGCACCGGUCAACAGGCGGUCGUGGGUCUUCCAGGAACGACUUCUGGCCCCGAGGGUGUUGCAUUGGUGCAAGGACCAAAUUGCGUUCGAAUGUCGCGAGUUGGACAGAGCGGAAUGCCGUCCCGAGGGUCUUCCUCAUCUUCAAAUGAAGGCGGGUCAACUCAUCGACCAAGCCCGCUUAAAGGCCAUGGACAGGGAGGUGGGCAGGAGGCUCCGCGAGCUGAGGCUGGCGGGCACACACAGUUCCUCCCGCUCCAAGGAACUCAACUGGAUGGUCGAGGCAAUAGAUCCCAAGCUGUACCUCUACGAGGUCUGGAAACGGAUGGUCGAGGUGUACACGAAGAUGGAGCUGACCGACGAGAGAGACCGACUCAUAGCAUUGUCCGGUAUUGCCAGAAUGAUGACGAGGAUCUUGAGACUGGACGGAAGCGAGGACCAAUAUCUCGCCGGCAUGUGGCAGAACUACCUCGCAAGCCAGUUGCUGUGGUAUGUCAACGACGCCGAGGAAGAAGGCCAGACGGCGCAGCCUCUACAAAACACUCGACCAGAGUUAUACCGUGCUCCCAGUUUCUCGUGGGCUUCGGUCGAAACCCCGCGCGGUGUCACCUUUCCAGAGACGACGGACAAGGGCAUUCUGGUAGAGGUCCAGGUGGUCCGACUAACCUAUCGCACCGAGGAUGAUAUGUUUGCAGGAGCAGACGUCGUUGGCUUCGAUGCGCAGUUUCCAUGGUAUACUCCAACCACUGCAUUCUUCGCCGUCACUGUUGUCAGCCUGUCGAUAUUGCUGAUGAUACUGACUCUAAGGCCGUUCGUCUGGCAGCGACACAAGCUCAUUGUGACAUUUCUCGUCGCCGCUUCUCUUUCAACCCCUUUCCUCUUUGUCGCAUUUGGCUUUUACAGACGCAAUCAUCAAGGUGCCGACCGGGAAUACCCACCAAAUCGAUUUAGCUGGCGUCUGAUGCAGAAGGGGGUGCCGGUUGGCGACUCCCAUUCCAUCGUAUACUUGGACAGUCCCGCCAGUGAGCCUUCGGUGUUUGGGCCCAAUGCACAGGUCUUUUGUUUACCAGUCUCUCAAGACGACCGGCAUCUGAAUUGCCUUCUCAUCCAGGCCACCGAUGGGGACCACGGGAUCAGGUACAAACGAGUCGGACUGACCAAAAUCCUCAAUCUGUUCGAUCAGGACGUCGAGGCCAUCAAAGAGCCGCCAACCAGGAAAAAGGACAAGGCAUUGGGAAGGUAUUACUGGGGUCCGAACACUCGAUUCCGAGGCGAGAGCCAUAUCUGCAUUAUCUGA